AUGGCGAAACCUCGUGUCUGUCUUGCCUACUCCGGCGGUCUCGAUACCAGCUGUAUCCUGCGUUGGCUCAUUGAGGAGGGCUACGAUGUCGUCUGCUUCCUCGCCAAUGUCGGCCAGGAGGAGGACUGGGCUGCCGUCGAGGCCAAGGCCCUCAAGAUCGGUGCCGUGAAGAUGGUCAUUGAGGAUCUCCGCGAGGAAUUCAUCACUGAGCUGUGCUUCCCCGCCAUCCAGUGCAAUGCCAUCUACGAGGGUCGCUACCUUCUCGGAACCAGUCUGGCUCGUCCGGUGAUCGCCCGGGCCCAGAUGCGUGCUGCCCAGCGCGAAAACUGCCAGUAUGUCAGCCACGGCGCCACUGGCAAGGGUAACGACCAGGUCCGCUUCGAGCUGGCCUUCUAUGCCAUCCAGCCUUCCAUCAAGAUCAUUGCCCCCUGGCGUGAUCCCAAGUUCUUCAAUCGUUUCGCUGGCCGCAACGAUCUCCUUGACUACGCUGCCCAGACGGGCAUUCCUGUCACUUCCACCAAGGCUAAACCUUGGUCGAUGGACUCCAACUCUGCGCACUGCAGUUACGAGGCUGGCGUCCUGGAGGACCCCAACCACACCCCCCCGGCCGACAUGUGGACCAUGACUGCCGACCCCAUGACCGCUCCCAAUGAGCCUACCGAUAUCACCAUUCACUUCCAGCAGGGUGUCCCCACCAAGGUUGUUACCCCUGGCCAGGAGUUCACCAACCCCGUUGAGCUGUUCAAUGCGCUCAACAAAAUCGGCUUCAACCACGGUAUUGGCCGUAUUGACAUCGUUGAGAACCGCUUCAUCGGUCUCAAGAGCCGUGGCUGCUACGACUCUCCUGCCAUGACCAUUCUUCGUUCUGCCCAUCUUGACCUUGAGGGUCUCGUGCUGGACGGCCAGGUCCGCAGUCUCCGUGACCAGUUCGUGACCCACAACUGGUCCACCCUCCUGUACAACGGCUACUACUUCAGCCCUGAGCGGGAGUUCCUUGAGAACAGUCUCACUUUCAGUCAGAAGCGGGUGAACGGUGAGGUCCGUGUGCGCUGCUACAAGGGCAACGCCUACAUUCUCGGCCGCUCUAGCAGCACCGAGAAGCUGUACGAUGCCGAGGAGGCGUCCAUGGACUCGCUCCAGGACUUUGCCCCGACCGACACCACCGGCUUCAUUGCCAUCUCGUCGAUCCGCUUGAAGAAGUACGGUCUCCAGAAGGCCGAGGAGGGCGAGAGUCUCAGCCGGGCAUAA